CAAUACUUCUGUACUUUUACUUGUAUUGCUUCUUUAAUUUAAGUAAAGUAUCUGAAUACUUUAUUCACGUGUUGACAUGUUAGGAGGGCAUUGCUGUGGCUGUCUAGUUUUUUUGGGAAUAUCAUUGACUCAUUUCAUGCCUAUUCAGAAUGCAGUAACUUGGAUAGCAAACAGGAAACACCUUCUUCGUUCUGCCCAUCUAUCUUCUGUCUUCUUCUAACUUUUCCAUCCGUCACAACAGAUCUCAAAUCACUGAAACCUGAUGAAGAAAAUCAGAUUUUAAAACCUUCAAAAACAGUACAGUACAAUGCUGUGCUUCUUUUACAUUACAUAGAGCCUGACUCUCCUCUUUUGAGUCUAUGCAAAAAAGUACUCUGCAGGCGCUCAUGUAACAGUCUGAGUGAUGGCAAGGUUCCUUUUUAUACUAAAAGGGUUUCACUUCCCUGUUUUCAAGAGCUACUUCCUUAUGUUUAACAUUUUCCAACGCAGUGUAUGAGUUACACGAGUAGAGCAUAAUUUCCAUUAGCCCACCUGAGAAGAAACAGACUCGUCAUACAGUAACUGUGGUUGGAAGCCUGUUCAAGAUGGAGGAGGCUGGUGGAGGAGAAAACAGUGAAUGCAGCUGUAAGAAAUCCUGAAUCCUGAGUCUUGAAUUCUUGGAGCAGCGACAGAUGAGCUUAUAAGGGCUGCAGAUCCCGGAGCUGGUGAGAUGGAGGAAGCGUACAAUGAACUGUACCAGCAGUUUCUUCAACUGAGGUCACUUUGCCUGAGACAGGCAGCUCUGUUACAUCAACUCACAACAGCUCUGCCGAAACAGCAAGGUGCCACUGUUCCUAAUGGAGAGUUGAGUGAUAUGAUGUCCAUCCCUGUCCAGUGUACCCAAGAAAUCCCUGUCUAUCUCCAUGAAAAGCCUCAACCACUAACAGCCACAGCACACAACCGUGCAGCGCAGUGUGGCUCUCUCUCUAGAAAUGUGGGGACUUUCUCUGAUCUCCUCACUGAAGAUAUGUCCAAGCUCUGUGUGGAAGAGCCUCGUCAGAGAAAGGAAGAUGGGAAGUUGGAGCAAAAGGUCUCACCCCUGUUAAGCCUGGACCCCUCGCGGUGGCAAGGAGCCUCUUCCAGUGUCUCAAAACAUCAUCCUCAAACAGAUCAUCCUCGUGGAGACAAGAUGAUGCACACAGUGAGGAUAUUUGCGUCGGACAGUGCCUCCACGGUCGGUGACUUUGGGAGUCAGUCUGGCAGGUUGCUGAUGUCAGAUGUGGCGCUGCAGUCUCAUGUUUGUGAGUUCUGCCAGGCGGUUUUCCCCGGAGACACAACCACUAGAGGAGAGUUCCUACGCCAUCUUUACACCCACGUCACGUAGACUAAACUGACCUGAGUUUUCCUCCUGACAUAUGAGUUAUGUGUUCAAAUGAUAUGCUGUGAUGGAGCAGGUUAUAACUCAGUUAACUUGAUCUCUGGAAACAACAUUGAAGUUGAACUGUUCUUCAUAUGGUUAGCUGUUUGCCUAUGGGUGAACUUGCAGAUGCUGAUGCUGGCAUUGUUUUCUGUCUCUGAGUUGUGAAAUGAAGGGUGGAAAUAGACUUCCUAUGCUACCUCCAUAAAAACACAUUUUCUUACAUACACCUACAGUACUACUGUAGUAUCUAGCCAUGGUUUUAAUUGUUCAGGUCUUGCAAUAUUGGUCUCCGGAUAUGCCUCCGCCCUAAUACAUGGGGGUGAAUAGAAUUUCGUUUGUGGUGCUCACAGCAUAUUACAUAAAAAAAUUCAACAAUAUCUCGUUGCAGAAUUAGAGGUUAUUCCGUUACUCUGACCUUGCUGUACUGGUUUUUAUAGGGACUCUUUCUUCCGCAGAAAGCAGUGUUAACCUAACCCAAUCCAGACUUCAGCAAAUUACACCAAAGCUAUCUACAUGGCCAGAUACCACCAGAGUAUUUAUUUUAUUGUUGCGCUAACUGUUACUACUAGCUGCUUCAUUUAAUACAUGCGGCUCACAGAGCGAAAGCCUAUGAUAACAUGAAGUAUUGUCCAUAGAGUCUCCACUCCAUUUUUACUUUCAACUACAUAUUUCCUGAGAUCUUCGUUAAUUGAUGUACACUGAUCGUGCUCCUCCCCUGAUGCUUUAAUGUAGCCCAUGAUAGCACCAGGAAAUACAAUACUUUUUCUGCUUUGGUGACUAUAAUGCCUAAACAACACUAAACACUGCUCUACAGUUUGAGAUUAAUAGAGAUUACAUGUGUUUGAAGAACCCUAGAUCCUGAUGGUUUGCAUAUAACUAUGUUUAUGAUUUUAAGUCGCUGUUUGAAAAGAUAAAUAUUAAGAUAAUUGUUAAAACUGAAAUAGGUAACUUUCCACACGUUGCCAUCCUCAAUCAAUAGCAAAGGUGACGGAGCAGCUAGUGCUGUGCUUGUUACAUCUUUACCGUCUCACCUUGCCGUUGUUGGUAACCUGUUAUGAAGUGGUUGAAAUUAAUUAAUUAAAAAUAUUACACCUUUAUGUAACUGUAACUUUGUUUGCCCUGGUUUUAGAGGCAAAUGUCAACAUAUUUAUUCUGAAUGACUGUGUGUUAUAAGGAAAAUCUAUUCUAUCUAAUCUAUUUGUGACAGAAUGAUGCCCAAGCCAGUGUGGGUCUUGGCUGAUCCCUGCAUUUCACUGUGAACAAAGUUACUUAUCAAGUCUGCUUUAAUUAUGGCAUCAUUUAAAUGAUCUUUUUCAAGCUUGGAUAAGCUGAAAAUAUUAAUUAAGUUAAUAAUUUAAAAUAUUACCUUACAAGCUUUUUGGAAUGUGCACAGGCAAACACACGCUUAGCUUUGUGUCAUGUCCUAGUAAACAUUGCCCAUUGCUUGUAUUAGAGAAAUCUGAAUGCUCAUCUGGAUGAUCCUAAAAGAUAUUUCGAAGAUUUGAAUACAGAUAAUUAGACUUCCUAAUUUAAUUAAUGGCCAUCCUGCUACUUUUUAAAUGUUUACAGUCAAGCAUUAAACUGAUCAGCUGUCUGCUGCUUAGCUCUGUGUUCCUGAGGAAAGAGCAUGGGCUAAGAAUAGACUCAAAUAUUUAACUCCCUAAUUAGUGUUGAUGACAGCUGAUUGACGACGACGGCUCCCCUUAUCUGUUGCUACAUUCAUUGUUGCUCUCACAGUAAAGAAAACCAACUUGGAUAUAAUUGCUCUUGUAUAAUCAAAAGGGUAAAGGCACCUUUUUAUAUAAACAUCAUGUUUAACAGCUGACCAGGUUUCUUUGGAAUUGGUCCAAUGGAGGAGGAUGAAGUGUAAUUCUCUAACAAGAGUCUAUAGCCAUGCUAGCGACAUAAGCACAGCGGUGCUUUGCAUUAAAUGCUAAUGUUAGCAUGCUAACAUGCUCACAAUGAUAAUGUUAGCAUGUUGAUGUUUAGCAGGUAUAAUGUUUGCCAUCCUAGUUUAGCAUGUUAGCGUUCUAACAUUUGCUAAUUAGCAAUGAACACAAAGUGUAGCUAACGCUGGUAGGGAUGUCAUAAGCUUUGCAGGCAUUUGGUCAUGAACCAAAGAUCAACAGAAAUUUUGAUCUAUGGUGGAGCUAGAUGAAACAAUUUUUUUACAAAUCAUCCUCUGGGGACCAUGAAUGUGUGUCAUGACAAUCCAUUGUGUGUUUGAUGAGAUAUUUCAAUAAAAACAAAAAAUAUCAACCUCAUAGAGAAAAAGUCAAAGGAUCACCAAAGUCAGUAGGAUUCAUCCUCUGGGUACCUUGAAUGUAUGCAAAAGAUUUCAUGGCAAUUCAUUCAGACAUUGCCAUCCUUAACGCUGCUAGCAUGGCUCAUAAUAGCAAUGCUUCAUUUUAACUUUUAAUAUUUACAUUGUACGCCAACCUUCGUGAUUUCAUGUUACACAUACUGUAACUACAGUGAAAUAAACUAACAAUUAUUUGUGGCUUUGAAAUCCUA